AUGACGCUCGUUCUAAAGCGCUUCAUCGUAUUCGAACCCCUUGGCGAUCACCAGCAGGCAAUGGUGAUCUUCAUUGCUCUGGUCUGCGAGACCCUUUCCAAUGCAAUGAAAACGGUUCACUGCGAUCGCCAGCCACCGCCUGGCUUGUCUUGGUCCAUGGUUUGGACAGAUGAUUACCGACAAGAAUUAAGAAAGACAAUGGCUCAAUCCAAGUGGUGUCCCUUUAUUACGGAAUAUCUUCUGAAUUCAAAAUCCGUGUCAACGUUGAAAUACGCCAGUCAACACACCCCACCAGUUGACGGAAAGGACCAUUGCAAAUGUCAGAGAAAACAGUGUGCGGCAUAUCAAGUCGACGAAAACACCUACACUCAAAGACAUGUUGAGUUCUACCCUGAGCCCCGCAGAGAGGCGAUCAAGAUGAUGGCGCGCACCUACAGAGAAGCAAAGGCAGUUUUGGUUCUUGAUAAUGGCUUACAACGCUGCUCAUCAUCAGAAUCGGAGGCUACAAAGCUGCUACGUUUUCUCACCUCCGGCUGGAUGCGACGUCUAUGGACUCUUCAAGAGGCCAUAUUAGCUAAAAAGGUCUUCUUCUUGCUUGCCGACGCCCUUGUGCCAUUAGAGGAUCUGGUACCAAAGUCGCCGAAGUUGGAACUAUAUCCUCAUCUGGGGGACAUGGCGGCAGAGUUGUUCCGUUUAAUUAAGCAAACUCAAUACGCUGGCUACAAGAUUGGAGAUGUUUCUCGAUCGCUUCGCUGGAGAGACACAAGUCGGGCUUCGGAUGAAACACUGGCGAUUGCUAGCUUGCUAGGUAUAGGUCCUGACGUUCUUCUGGAGCUACAACCUCAGGGUCGUAUGAUAAAAUUACUUCAGGAGCUUAGGAGUAUCCCGAGAAACAUCGUGUUUCUUACUGGGGCUAAGGCCGAUGUUCCAGGAUUCCGAUGGGCCCCGAAGUCGUUUAUGGGGGCCCAUGGCGGCAGCCAGGGAGGUUUAGAACUCUCCACCUUUGAGAAUGACGGCAUCUGCACACCUGUCGGUCUCGAAGCCAGAUAUGUGGCCUUUUGGUUUAGCAAACAGACGGUACAGGCUGGAACUACAUGGAGGAUAAGGCAUCCGCAAACCAGGCAGGUUUUCGAAGUACGAGACAUAUCGAAUUCGGAACAAGAGUACGAAUGCGACAUGCUGCUAACCUGUGAGCCAUUGCAAAGAGGGAGCGCGGCUCCUUCCAUCAGUGUUUUGAGGACAGCUAUGCCAGUCCGUCAUGAGGAUGGUUCCUUCACUGUUUAUUGCGAGUAUAAAAAACGGAUAGUUUUGGCUGAUAUGGCAGAUGAUAAUAAGCAGGUGUCUGCUCAAGUGGAGGGGCUUGGGUGGCUUAAAGUGUGCAUUAGUUAG